UUCCCGCCACGGCGCCACCCCUCCCUGUUCCCCUUCUUCGCCGUCCGCCCUAACACACACACACACAAAAAAAAAAAAUCACCCCUUCCCUUUCCCGCCCCCUGCCCACACGCAGCACGAAAAUCCGCUCCCGCCGGCGCCGCUCCUCAGUCCAUUGCCGCCGGCCUCCUUCGGUUUAGUGGAGUGGAGCGGAGAUCCACCCGGACGUGGACCGAUUCUCCUCCCGGUGAUGUGUCAGAGUCUCCCUCGAUAAACACCGACGCACCGCACCGCACCUCGGCUCCCACUGACUCGAUUCGGCCGCUCCGUAACCGCCGCGAAUCUCCUCCUUCCACCGAAGAAGAAGAGCGGCAGCCGCCAGACUCUGGUGGUUCCACCGAAGAACGGCAGGCAGCCAGUCACACUUCCCCGCCAACGCGUCCAUUGGAUUGGAUUAGUGAUCCAUCCCAAUUUCGGGUUGUUUUCUUUCGUUGGCAGUUUUUGAUUCGAGGAUGGCUAGGGAGGAUGAGCCGGUUGAGUCUAUGGAGAUCGAUGGCCAGCAUCAGCAGCAGCCGCUAGAAGCUCCCGCUGUCGUGCCGGACGGGUUCAAUGCCGACUACCUCCGGGUCUACUACGGAAAGCUCUUCCCAUAUGGCGAUUUCUUCAAGUGGCUUUCCUAUGCAAAUGAUGGCAAGCACCCUGGAUGUGAUCAGUCAUACAUUGGGCGACGGGAGUUUUCGUUUACACUGGAGGAUGAUAUCUACCUGCGCUUCCAAUCCUUUGACAAUGUGGCUGAAAUGGAGAGUUCUAUCAAGGAGAAGUGCCCUUUCAAGAUUGAUAUUGGACCUGUCUACAGCGUAGAUCCUGCAAAGCGUCAUGCCUAUGCUCAAUCUGGCAAUAGUGUUUUCGUACCAGUAGAGAGGGAACUGAUUUUUGAUAUUGAUAUAUCUGAUUAUGAUGAUGUUCGCUACUGCUGCUCUGGAGCUGAUGUCUGCUUGGACUGCUGGCCCUUAAUGACCAUUGCUAUCAAAAUUCUGGAUACUUCGCUUAGAGAUGAUUUUGGCUUCAAUCACAUACUUUGGGUAUACAGUGGCCGUCGUGGUGUCCAUUGCUGGGUCUGUGAUAGCAGAGCAAGAAAGCUCAGCAAUGAACAAAGGGCUGCAAUUGCUGACUACUUUCGAGUCUAUAAGGGUGGUGAAAAUACAUUGAAGAAAGUUUCCUUGACUGGAGCUGUCCUGCAUCCUUUCCUUGCGCGGUCAUACACCGAUGUCCUCAAAAGCUUCUUUGAAGAUAAGUUGCUACUUAGCCAACAACUCUUUGCAUCAGAGGAGAGAUGCCAGAAGAUACUUGAUCUCAUCCCUGAUGAAAAUGUUGCUGGUGAGAUCCAUGACAAGUGGCAAGGGAAUAGACGAUCUUCUAUUUCAAAGGAAGAUGUGAAUGCAACCAGAUGGGAGCAAUUAAAGACAAAUUUACAGUCAGGAAAGCAAAAGGCUCAGGGGGUUCGUAGAUGUGUAGAAGAGAUUGUUUUCUCAUACACAUAUCCUAGACUUGACAUGGAGGUAUCAAAGCACAUGAAUCAUUUACUAAAAGCUCCCUUUUGCAUACACCCAAAGACAGGUCGUGUUUGUGUUCCAAUUGAUCCCAAUAACUGCGAUGAUUUUGAUCCUACAGCUGUUCCGACUCUAUCACAGCUUUUAGGAGAGCUCAAUGCUGCUGGUUUUCAGACAGAUGCUGAAAAUAAUUGGGAAAGAACGUCCCUUGAGAAACCCAUCAAGUUUUUCAGAACUAACUUUCUGCAGCCAUUGCUGAAAGCGUGCAAGGAGGAACUGGAAAGUGCAUAUAAUGCAAAGCUCCAGCAGUCCAAGAAUUCUCUCAAUUGGUGAAAUCUACAUACGCAGCCGUCGCGCGCCUCCGUGGAUGAGGGGGAAUCAUCUCGUGAUGCUGCCGAUCGGCGUAACGUUCCAAGCUGUAGCUACGACUACGAGUGUGACCAAAGUGGUCCUGUACCGGUGUAGGGCUUGCUGUAUGCGUAGGGUUCAGCAAUGCUGGCGUGGAAAAUUGAAUUGUAGCACGUACCGGUGGGUGCGUGCCAAGCUAUAUCCUGUAACUUAAGCUGGAUGUACGUGGAGCAAUCGGCACAAAAAGAAAGUCCAUAUGUAUGUUUUGUGUAUUUGGAUACGUAUGACCGCCUCCGCCUGUUUUAUGGACUUUCGGCUGACGUUACAAGCACUAAUGGAUG